GAGGACAACCCGCACGCCAAGCAGACGGAGAUUGGCCAGAAGUUCGGAGUUGAGCGAAGGUGUUGCGAAGAAAGGAGCUCUACCUCAACCUGGACAGCCAGGGUGGCUCUCCGGUCAAGAAGACCAAGGGGAAGUCCCCGCCAGACAUCGAGCGCGCCCUCGCCAACUGGGUCAGGGGGCAGCAGAAGAAGGGAGUCGUGGUCAGCGACUCGCAGAUGGAGGAGAAGGCGAGGGUGUUCUGUACCGGAUCGGACAGCCCCCUCAAGGCCAUCACCGCCUCCUGGAUCGAGAAGUUCAAGCAGAAGCACAAUAUCGGCCCUGGGAAGCUGAUUCGCAGAGCGUCGGAGACCGCGAUCCCUGACAGCGCUCGAUUGGACACGAGCUCGCCCUCGCUGUCCACCACCCAGACGCCAGGGGGGAUUUCGCCGGCAUCGCCGACCAAUCAAGUACCGUCGCCCCAGGCCUCGUCGGCGAACGAGAAGCCGGAGGGGAAGGACUCCAUUUCUACUGGCUUCAUGGACUUCGAGGCGAACGGGUACCGGAACCCACACUCGCAGAGCACCACCUCGCUUUCAAGUGCCGUCACGGACCCGCCAAGCUCGACGUUUUCUGCGGACGCCUUUAGCCCGACCUCCCAGUUCAACUUCUCGCCAGACCCCAACACGGGCAUGUUUGGAGACCGAAGUCAGAUCCUGCCAGGAAACUCCAACUUCCAGCGCCCCCGGAGCCAGACGGUACCAGAUAUUGGCCACCUCGACUACAUCAACCAGUCGCAGCCCACCGAUCCCCUGACCCCGAAGUACAGCCAGUCUGGGACAGCGCCCUCUUCGGCCCUCGAGUCCCCCGCUAACGAGCUCUCGGCCACACCCUUUGGGGGGCUGGACUCGGCCAUCUCCCCACCGACACCGCUGCACCAUGUGAGUAGCAACAGCAGCCUGGCGGGGAGGUCCAGCUGCUCGGGGCCGGCAGUCUCCGGGACGCCGAUGGGAUCGUCGCCCAGCUCGCCGACCCAGGAAGACGCCAGGCGGGCAGCCGACACGCUCCUCAGUUUUAUGCAGCAUGUCAAGUCUACGGGCCUGGUCGACCAGAACGAAUUCCUCAUAGUCUUAGGCCUCACCGAGAAGCUGAGGUUGCAAUCCCAACAGCAGCUGCUGCACGGAGGGCCACAGGCCAACUCGGCCACUCAGGGGCUGGGCGGCUUGUCGAGAAUACCGGAGGGCGACACCGAGAUGGCGACGAUCCCCUCGCCUCUGGUGAAGCACGAAGCGACGAUGAGCGCGUAGUGGCGGUUCGAGCUGUCUGUCUUUGGGUUCUGCUCUCCUAGAUUUUUCACUGUCCGGACUGCGGUGGAUGCUGUUCAAUAAUCGCUACGUUGCCUAUUCUACAUUGCCGAGAAUCUCCCUCCCCUGUCGCGUCACCGACAACAACGGCUUCUCGUAACAAUAGCGGAGUCGAACUGCUGGAACUCCCUAAGGCUUAAAGACGAGAGAGGGAGCCUCUGAUGUCGGUACUCGAAACAACCCCGUA